CGAUCCGCGGCGCGCGACUGGACCACGACCGCCUCCGCCGCAGCGGGCGAAUGCGAAGCGCAUCGGCGUAGUUCGCAGACAUGCCACGACCGAAAAAGUCAGCCUCGGAUGCAGAGCCUAAGAAGCGUUCGCGCACCGGCUGCUGGCCGUGCAAGGCGAGAAAAGUGAAGUGUGAUGAAGUCCGCCCGCAGUGUGCGAACUGCCAAAAGCACGGCGAGACAUGUGACUAUAGCAUCCGCCUCAACUGGGGAGGCAGGUCGAAAGGCGGCAGGGACGGCGCUUCAUCAGAGAGUGGCAGCUUCACCUUCGUGACAACACCACAUUCGUCUUCACAACAGGCCCCCGGCCUCGGUGGCGUCGGGCAAGAACAUGUCUUCUCUGCCCAACAUAUUGCGACCGCUCCCAGACCAGUCCCAUUGGUUCCUUACACCCUCUUCUCGGCAUCAGAUUCUGCGUCGCAAGCACAGCCUUCCGCCAUUGAUCCACGCCUGGAGUAUAGUCAGCAGCAGCCCUAUGGGUCUGCUAUUCGGCCGGGCUCAUCAGCUUCACAGCCCUUCGUGCCGCAACAUGGCAGUCCUUCGCAGCAGCAUGCACCUAACGAGCAACAGUCGCCAACCUCUGCUCCAGUGGGCGCGGGUGCGAGCCCAGAGGACUUCCACUGGUCGCCGCAGCACGGCGCCAAGCGACUGAAGCUGAACGGCACUUCCGCAUCACGACCAAGCACCGCGCCCAGGUUCGCACCGUACACGCCUAUGCAGCCGGACUUGUCGCCGGCAUCGUAUCAAAUGCCACAUACUCCCCACAGUAUUGGCAGCAUCGUCAACACGCCAGCCACACCGAGCUCCAGUCUGAAUUCGGGCUCGCCCUAUCCGCCGCAUCCCGCAGCCCUCCAGGUGCAGGAUCCACCUGAUCUUCGCCGUCUGUCAGUGAAAUCGUUGUUAUCAGACCCUACCGAGGAUGUCGAUCGUCCAAAGGCCAAACGCAAUGAAAGCCAUGGGUAUCGCAUCUUUGGAUAUGAUCACGGCUUGCCUGACCAUGACGUGCCUCACAACGACGAUCAGAAUGUCAUAUUCCCGCGGUCGCCUGAUUUGCGACGAACCAGCACCGCAGUCUCGGAAGCCAGCAAUUCGAGCAACGAUGUCGAGGCGAGUCAGAUCGCAUUCGAACCAGGAGGAUAUUACCAGAAUCCGGUGCCCGUCAAAAUCCCGCGCCGCUUUGAUCCACUGCCCGACGAACUCACGAACAACCAGAUGAACUUGCUAUAUUUUCAUCACUUCAUCAAUCACACAGGCCGUGUCAUGGUACCUCACGAUUGUCCCGAAAAUCCUUUCCGCGUAGUCCUCCCGCAGAUGGCGGUACGAAACGCUCAACUCCUGCAUCUACUCCUCGCAUUUUCUGCUUCUCACAGAGCAAGAUUGCUCGGCCACGCUGAGCCCGCGAACCGUAUAGCUGGUUGGAUGUCAGAUGUGCUGCCUGCACUCCGGCAAGCUCUCGAUGAACCUUCAUCACCAGGCAUGAAUGACCCGACUGAUCCCUCUUCGCUAGCCCCGCUCGCAGCUGCGAUUACGCUGGCGAGUUUGGAGAUUAUCACACCGAACACCUCAUCUAUUCGAAUUCCAUGGCAACAUCAUCUGCAAAUGGCGCGGCGUCUGAUCAUCGCUAAGGGUGGUCUACACCAUCUUGCGCAAAAAGCAGACGGCGCUCGUGACAAGGCUAUAUUCUUUCUGUCCCGUUGGUUUGCGUACCUAGACGUGUUCGGCAGCUUGUCGAACAGACAUCAGCAACCUCUCUUUGGAGCGUACCUCGAAGACGGAGGGGGACUGUGGCUAGUCAACCGCGAUAACGAGGAAAUCUACCAGAUCGACUGCUUCUUUGGUUUCUCUGGGCGAUGCAUAGCACUGCUAGCUCAAGUCGCGGAACUUUCAGCACAAUGCGACAGCCAGAGGAUCGAUCCUGUUACAAAUCAAGUCAAGGCUGGCUGGAGUCCCACCUCGGAACUGAGACAGUCCGCUGAGGAGCUCAAGCAACGAUUGAAUGCGAGUGCGCGCAUGGUGUUCCGAGGCUGCAUGCACAGCAAGCCUGGGAGCCCCGAUGCCGGCGACUCACAUAAUGAUCAAGAUGUGGCCGAGAUAUAUGCAACAAAUGAGGCGUACCACUGGGCUGGUAGAAUUCAUCUCGCUCGUCGCGUGCUCGCGUUGCCCUCUUCUGAUCCGGAGGUGCAAGAAUGUGUUGAGAAUGUUCUUGAGUUGCUGCAAAGGAUCAGAAGGGGAAGCUCUGCCGAAUCAUGUCUGCUGUUCCCAAUGUUCAGUGCAGGCUGUGAAGCGCAACGAGAGGAUCAGCGGCAAGCUUUCAUGGCUCGCCUGGAAGCCGUGGAGGGUUGGGGCAUGUCACAUGUCGGGCACGCACGCCGCCUGAUGCAGACUGUCUGGGACGAGAACAAACCUUGGGAGACUCUGGUGGAUGGAGAGUUCCUCGCAUAG